AUGGAACAUAAAAUUAUCUGUAGAAUUUGCAAUUUGCCAAUAAAGAUUGAUUUUCUUAAAUUACACAACGAAACUUGCAAGUCUCGUGCUGAAUUUCGAAGAAAGGAAAUCAGGUUGAAUUUGUAAGUUGCCAAAGUUUGUGAAAAUGCCUAUAAAACAAAGCACUAAAUUCAUUCAAGGGGUUAAAAAUACCUUAACAGUCUUAGAUUGAAAUGGGAUUAGAUUUCACCCGAAUACACACAGGAAAUUUAUUAAGAAUAUAAAAUACUCCAAGUCUUAAUUUCCUACGGAGAAAGAUCAUUAAAUUCAGAGGUAGAUGCUAAAUAUCAUCUUAUAUCUCAAAAUGAAUUCAUUUAAGCCCAAUAAUUUAUAAGAAACCCUUAGAUUUUGAAUUUGAUAGAGCAGAUGAACAGUCUGAUAAAUUAGAGAUUAGAAUUAUGUUAUAAAAAAAAGUUUUAAGCAAUUCCCAGCAUUUCCUUUAGAUUAAGCAAGUUCAGUAAAGACAGUCCUAUAUCUAAUGGCGAAACUCAUAAUAGAAUGAACUCAUUUUCUGAUUAUUUGAAUUCUUCUAAUUUUUCCGAAGAUACACAAUCAGAUAGAAAAAGUAUUUCUGGACAAGACACUCCAGUCAAAUCGAUAUGUAUAAUUCAAAGUCUCAGAAAAAGGGGUAAGUUAUCGGAAUGGCCAAAGAGACACUCUACAUUUUCAUCAGAAGAGGAUUAAAUAUCAGAAAAACCAAAACAUAAACAAGAAAUAUAAAAGAAAAGUUAUUUUGCCAAAACUGGCAGUUCAGAUAGUGAACAAGACGAUAUUAUUGAUACUAUAGUAUAAGUAAAUGAACCCAAGUAGAGGGAAGAUGAUUUAAAUUUUGAGAGUGCUUGUUUUCUGGAAUUAUAAAGAGGUUACUUCUCUGAUACUGAAAUAAUUAGAUCAGACAUUAAGAAUAAGAUAAAGGAAAGAAAUAUAGGCUUAAAAGAUUUUAAUUUCAUAAGACAAAUAGGACAAGGAGCAUAUGGUAGUGUGUUUUUGGUAAAAAGAAUAAUAACAGGAGACUUAUAUGCAAUGAAAAUAAUCAAUUGUUGCAAUAAAAGAUUCGAAAGAUUGUUUGAAUAACUUAAAUAAGAGAGAAACAUAUUUGAAAUUUUAACAGGGGAUUAUGUAGUCAAAGCUUAUUAUUCAUUUUAACAUGAGUCAUCCUUAUGUUUUGCUUAAGAAUAUAUGAUUGGAGGAGAUUUCUCUAAAAUUCUAAUCAAUGAAGGAGCUUUUGACGAGAACAUCGCUAGACACUAUUUUUCUGAGAUAUUAAUAGCAUUGGAAUAUUUGCAUAAUAAUAAUAUUGUUCAUAGAGACUUAAAACCAGAAAAUAUACUAUUAGAUUAAUAUGGACACAUCAAAUUGGCUGACUUUGGUCUUAGUGAAUUGGGCAUCAAUAAGAAAAUGAUUAAGAAGUGUAGUCAAUAGAGUUUUUCAUAAAGUGAUUCAUCUCCUUCCCCAAUUUAUCAGAUGAAGAAGGGGAGAUCAUUUAAGAAGUCUAAUAUCUCUCCAGAGAAUGCUGAUAGAAGAAUUAUUGGAACUCCAGAUUAUAUUGCACCCGAAAUUAUUAGAGGUCAAUCGUUUUCACAUAAAUCCUAAGAUUUUUGGUCUCUUGGAAUUAUUUUAUAUGAAUUUCUAGUCGGUAUUCCUCCUUUUAAUGAUGAAUCUGUUGAAAAGAUCUAUCAAAAUAUAUUAAAAGGAGAUAUUGAAUGGCCAGAAAUUGGUAAUGAUCCAGAAGAAUAAAUAUCACAAUAGGCUUUUGAUUUGUUAACAAAAUUAUUAAAUCCUGAUUACACUCAAAGAUUAGGAUAUGGAUCAAUUGAGGAGAUAAAAAAUCAUCCAUUUUUAGCAUCCAUCAAUUGGGAAUAAUUGAGAAAUACUCCUGGUCCAAUAAUUCCUUAGAUAAAUUUGAAUUUCUAGCCUUUUGAGAAUGUAGCUGAGAAAGUUUAAAAGUUCUUAAUAAAAGGGGAAAGAAAGUAAAUUCAAAUUAUCAAUAAACUAUAAGAUGAAUUGGAGUAUUUGGAAAGAAUUGAUUUACUAGUGGCAAAGAAUGAAAAUGAAGCUUAAUUGAUUUAAUAAUAAUUAUAAUUAUUUUCAUGA